AUGAUUCCUUCUGAGAUGGGAAACUUCUCAAGACUGUCCAUUCUGCAACUUCAUCUGAACCAGUUUUUCGGGCAAAUCCCUCCGGAGCUUGGACAGUGCAGAAAUCUCACUCUUCUGAUGCUCUACAGCAACAGAUUUACGGGUCGUCUUCCCACCAGCUUGGGCAACUGGUAUACCUGGAAGUGCUGCGGGUGUCUGACAACAGGCUGUCGUCAACGAUCCCUCCGUUAUCCCAGUUCAGGUCGUUGA